GUCUUCUUGCCUCUUGAUUUUUCUGAUGAAGAAUGGUGCAUUCGGAGCUAGGAUGGGUGCUCCUCUACCUCAUUACAAUGGCUGGAUCCACACCCUUCAUAGAUGCUAAGUGCAACUGUGUGACUGAUUACUGGGACUCGCUUUCCUGUGUGCUGAAGAUCACUGGUACAAGAGAUUCCAGCCCCUACACUCUGAUCUUCAGUGGUAACUGUUCAGAGAGAAAGAGUGAGUUCACGUGUGAGUUGGUGCAGACCUACGGUGAAUACAGAUGUGCUCGGAAAAUCCCCAGAGACUGCAUGUCCGCUGAUGCUAAUUUCACCAUCGAUCUCCAGCACAAUUUGUCCAAAGUCCCAGUGCAGCCCAAUUUUGAGCCUGCAAAAUGCAUACAAACUCGUGCCCCUUAUGCCCCAGUAGUGACACAGACAGCAAACCUGUGGAACAUCACUUGGACCACUAACUAUGAGGGCCAUAUGUAUCUGAAAAACUGGCUGGAUUUUGAGCUGCUCCUCCAGGGCAAAGUAAGCAAAGGCUGAGCUAAUCAUGGACAGGAAGCUGGACCUGUCUCGCCUAACGGAUGAGGAGGCCAAGCAUGUAUGGGAGGUCAUCCAGAGAGAUUUCACCCUGAGGAAGAAGGAGGAGCAGCGCCUUGGGGAACUGAAAACCCGUAUUGAGAAGGAGGACUCUAAACGGGAGCUCCUAGGGGCCCAGACUGGACUGGGGGACUCCAUGUGUAUUUGCUGUUUGCAGCCAUUCAAGUUUCUGCUCAACUCAAAACGCCAAUGUCUUGACUGUCAGCUGUACACUUGCAAGGCUUGCUCCCGCUACAACAAGAAGGAACAUGGCUGGGUGUGUGACAACUGCCGAAUGACAAGGGUACUGAAGAUGGGCACGCUGGGCUGGUACCAUGAUAAUGUCCGUAACCGUUUCAAGCGAUUUGGAAGUGCCAAAGUCAUGAGAUCUCUGUACAAAAGGCUGAAUGGAGAUGGCCGGGAUGAUGACACACAAAGCAUGCCUGAUUUCCGCUCAAAUUUGUACAAUUUAAUUGAUGAGGAGUAUGCAGACACAGAGGCUCAGAGAUACAAAGCGAUGAGGAAGAAUAAACGUUUGCUUUCUGUUCAUCCUAUGGACUUUGACUCAGAGGAGUACUUCUCCUAUUCACGCCGCCCCUCAGUUCAGCUAAUGCAGGAGGAUCGCAGUUACAUGGACUAUGACGUUUAUGGGCACCGCACACAUCGGCGGAAGAGUCUGGAUCGGCACAACAUGAGAGCAGAUGAUUAUGGUGACAACCGCAUGGUUCGCACUCGUUCUCUGUCCAAGAUUUCUGCUGUGGCACGGCAGCAGUAUGUGGACACAUCGGAUGAAGAGGACCAGCGCUUCCCAGUUCACGGAGUGUACCGCCGUAGGAACAGUCGUGGCUUCCAGGAACAAGCCCCACCUAUAACUGAACUCAACAAGCGCAUGUAUGCCAUUGAGAAUCUGCUGACUCGCCUGGAGGAGAAGAUAGGCCCUGAUGACCAGACAGAGGAGGAGAAACUGCGCAGGAAGCUGAGUGAAUUGGCAGGAAAUCUGAGUGACCGGAACCUCUCCUCUGAUGAAGAAACCAAUUCCAAGAAGACCAGCAACCUCCUUAAAACCAAGGCAGAAACCAGAGCCACAGAGUCCAUAGAGCCCCGGGUAGAAGCUGACCCUGCCCUCAGCUCUUCCAGUGAUGAGGGUCCCAGCAAAGCCCAGAAGAAGUCAAGUGCGGCGGCCCUCUGUGACCUCACCACUGAGGUUCUGCGAACGAUCAACGCCACUGAGACGGCCAUGGUUCAGCUGGGUCUGACUGAGGCUGGUCACCUUGGUAACAGCCAUGCCCCCAAUGGCCCCGACCACACCUCUGAUCAUACCUUUAGAGAGCUGGAGGAAAAUGUGUACUUGGCAGCAGGAAAGUCUUAUGAUCUGGAGGGGAAGCUGAGACGCUUGGAACAGAGUGCCAAGAACCGCUUUGGUGGAACGACUGAUUCAGACCUGUCAGAGCUGGAGGAUGUGGUGGCCCUGACGGCAGCUCGCGUUCAGAGUGCAGAGAGUGAGGUGUCAGAUAUUGAAAGUAAACUGGCGGCACUGAGCAGUGGAUCCAAGAAAAAGGGUUCAGUUUCUCAGAGGAAAAAGAGCACUCAGGAUGUCACCACAACCAAGGGAUCUCCGUGGAAAAAUGUCUACUGACUGAGGAGCUACUGUGGAUCAACUGCAAUACUUUAACUAAAAUAAAUACAAUACUUGGUAUAGAGCCCUUGUACCCACAUGACAAAAUCUGGGGAUGCCAUAUUAGCAGUGGUAAAUUAGCGCUAAUAGACGAGUCCCCUUUUGGAGGGUUAUUAGAUCAGAUGAAAUCGUAGAGAAUAAUUAUCUAAAAAUGAAUUUCCCUAAACACUAGUGACCCUUACCUGGCAUGCGAGUGAUAUUUUAAAGAUAAGAAUAUCAUGAUAAAGUUAAAAAUAUUUUUUGUCAAUCAUUUUAAAAAGUCCAACCCGUAUAGUAUAAAGACUCAUGGCACAAGGAGUGAAGUUUUCAAGCCUUUUUUAAAAUUAUUAUUUUUGAUGAUUAUGGCUUACAGAUAAUGAAAACCCCAAAUUCUUUGUCUACAAAAAUUUGAAUAUUACAGAUGAUAAAUUAAAAAAAUGAAAUGUGUGGCAGUAAGAGCAUGUGGUGCCUUGAUGAGCUUCAAUUUGCUAUCACACAGUCUUUCACAGACAUCUUUCUA